ACGUCAUUGCUGUAUAUAAACCCGACACGACGUCACCACGGCUGUAUCUCGCGGAUGGCGUCCGCCGCUUUUUUCAUCGAGGCGGAAGAUGACGUCACCGCCGUGGUGGGGGAUGACGUCACCGCCGUGGUGGGGGAUGACGUCACCGCAAGCGUCCCCGGCGAGGAGGAGGCGGCGGUGAUGGCGACUCUGGGAGGCGCGAACGAGCGACUCCGCAGCCUUGAGGAGGUGGAGCGCGAGAUCGCCAACGUGCUGCAGCACGCAGGCUGCGCCUUGCAGGAGCUCGCGAAGGACAAACCCAACGAGCGGCAGCUGGAGAAGCUGACCGCGCAGUUCCAGCAGAGUCUGCAGCGCGUGGAGGGCGAGCUCACGGGACACAUCCGCUACCUGGCACAGGUGGCGACGGGGCAGCCGCACGAGGGCUCCAGCUACGGCGCCCGCAAGGACGCGCUGACGGCGCUGCACCGCGUGGAGCACGUGCGCAUCAAGCUGCAGGAGCUCGCCGGGCACUGCGAGGCGGCGCUGGGACCCGCCGGAUUCCCCAUGUGAGGUGGCGGUGUGGGGGGGGUGGCCCUGCCCGGCCCUGCCCGGCCCUGCCCGGCCCUGCCCGGCCCUGCCCGGCCCUGCCCGGCCCUGCCCUGCCCGGCCCGGCCCUGCCCGGCCCUGCUCGGCCCGCACCAUCAGAACCCGAGGAGCCCGCCGCAGUCGCUCGACAGCAUCGGCCACAGUUGCUCGGCCUGGGCAUUGGAUUGAACUUUCACGGUGGCCGCCGGGGGGGGUUGGUAAGUGGGGCUGUGCUGACCGCCCACUCCUUGUGAGCGCAGGGCUGGGGGGUCGGUGCUGUGGCUGUGGAUCGGUGCUGUGCCUGUGGAUCGGUGCUGUGCCUGUGGAUCAGUAAACGACGACCUGCGAGUUGUUUUUUUUGUAAGCGCCCAACUUUGUGCCAAUAAAGGAAAGCUCUGGGAGCAAGUGGA